UUCCCUUCCCCUCUCCUUCCCCUCUCUCUCCUCCUUCCCCCCCUCGGUCCGCCGGAGCCUGACUUGGGGGCCGAGCGGGCGGUUGGCGUCGCUCCGAGGCGCUCACUCUGUCCGGGGCCGCCCGGCGGGUUCGCUUGGCGGGGAGGGGAGGAGGCAGGAACCGCGAUGGCGCCUCAGAAGCACGGCGGUGGGGGAGGGGGCGGCUCGGGGCCCAGCGCGGGGUCCGGGGGAGGAGGCGGCGGCGGCUUCGGGGGUUCGGCGGCGGCGGCGGCGGCGGUGGCGGCGGCGGCGGCGGCGGCGGCGACGACGGCUUCGGGCGGCAAAUCCGGCGGCGGCGGCUGUGGAGGCGGCGGCAGUUACUCGGCCUCCUCCUCGUCCUCCUCCUCGUCCGCGGCGGCGGCGGCGGGGGCCGCCGUGUUACCGGUGAAGAAGCCGAAAAUGGAGCACGUCCAGGCUGACCACGAACUCUUCCUGCAGGCCUUUGAGAAACCAACACAGAUCUAUAGAUUUCUUCGAACUCGAAAUCUCAUAGCACCAAUAUUUUUGCACAGAACUCUUACUUACAUGUCUCAUCGAAACUCCAGAACAAACAUCAAAAGGAAAACAUUUAAAGUUGAUGAUAUGUUAUCAAAAGUAGAGAAAAUGAGAGGAGAACAAGAAUCUCAUAGCUUGUCAGCUCAUUUGCAGCUUACAUUUACUGGUUUCUUCCACAAAAACGAUAAACCAUCACAAAAUUCAGAAAAUGAACAAAAUUCUGUUACCCUGGAAGUCCUGCUUGUGAAAGUUUGCCACAAAAAAAGAAAGGAUGUAAGUUGUCCAAUCAGGCAAGUUCCUACAGGUAAAAAGCAGGUGCCUUUGAAUCCUGACCUCAAUCAAACCAAACCAGGAAAUUUCCCAUCCCUUGCAGUUUCCAGUAAUGAGUUCGAACCUAGUAACAGCCACAUGGUGAAGUCUUACUCAUUGCUAUUUAGAGUGACUCGUCCAGGAAGAAGAGAAUUUAAUGGAAUGAUUAAUGGAGAAACCAAUGAAAAUUUUGAUGUCAAUGAAGAGCUUCCAGCCAGAAGAAAACGAAACCGUGAAGAUGGGGAAAAGACAUUUGUUGCACAAAUGACAGUAUUUGAUAAAAACAGGCGCUUACAGCUUUUAGAUGGGGAAUAUGAAGUAGCCAUGCAGGAAAUGGAAGAAUGUCCAAUAAGCAAGAAAAGAGCAACGUGGGAGACUAUUCUUGAUGGGAAGAGACUGCCUCCAUUUGAAACAUUUUCUCAGGGACCUACAUUGCAGUUCACUCUGCGUUGGACAGGAGAGACAAAUGAUAAAUCUACAGCUCCAAUUGCCAAGCCACUUGCCACUAGAAAUUCCGAGAGUCUCCAUCAAGAAAACAAGCCUGGUUCAGUUAAGCCUACACAAACUAUUGCUGUUAAGGAAACAUUGACUACAGAUCUGCAAACAAGAAAAGAAAAAGAUACUUCGAAUGAAAACCGGCAGAAAUUAAGAAUAUUUUAUCAGUUUCUUUAUAACAACAACACGAGACAACAGACUGAAGCAAGAGAUGACCUGCAUUGCCCUUGGUGCACUCUCAACUGCCGAAAACUGUACAGUUUACUCAAGCAUCUUAAACUCUGUCACAGCAGGUUCAUUUUCAACUAUGUAUAUCAUCCAAAAGGUGCUAGGAUAGAUGUUUCUAUCAAUGAAUGUUAUGAUGGCUCCUAUGCAGGAAACCCUCAGGAUAUUCAUCGCCAACCUGGAUUUGCUUUUAGUCGAAAUGGACCAGUAAAGAGAACACCUAUCACACACAUUCUUGUGUGCAGACCAAAACGAACAAAAGCAAGCAUGUCUGAAUUUCUUGAGUCUGAAGAUGGAGAAGUAGAACAGCAAAGAACAUACAGCAGUGGCCACAAUCGCCUGUAUUUUCACAGUGAUACCUGCUUACCUCUCCGUCCUCAAGAAAUGGAAGUAGACAGUGAAGAUGAAAAGGAUCCAGAAUGGCUAAGAGAAAAAACCAUUACACAAAUUGAAGAAUUUUCUGAUGUUAAUGAAGGGGAGAAAGAAGUAAUGAAACUAUGGAAUCUCCAUGUCAUGAAGCAUGGGUUUAUUGCUGACAAUCAAAUGAAUCAUGCCUGUAUGCUGUUUGUAGAAAAUUAUGGACAGAAAAUAAUUAAGAAGAAUUUAUGUCGAAACUUUAUGCUUCAUCUAGUCAGCAUGCAUGACUUUAAUCUUAUUAGCAUAAUGUCAAUAGAUAAAGCUGUUACCAAGCUUCGUGAAAUGCAGCAAAAAUUAGAACAAGGAGAAUCUGUUUCCCCUGCAAAUGAAGAAAUAACUGAGGAACAACAUGGGACAGCAAAUGGAUUUAGUGAAAUUAACUCAAGAGAGAAACCUUUGGAAACAGAUGGUGUCUCAGGAGUUUCAAAACAGAGCAAAAAACAGAAACUUUGAAAAUACCUAAUUCCAUUUUAUGGACAAACACUGAAAUUGCAUUCUAGAGAAUUCAGCCUCUAGGAAGAGUUGUUUUGUUUUGUUUUGUUUAAAUUAUGGAUUCCAAACAGGCACUGUUAGGUGAAGUAAAUGAUUUCAACAAGGAUAUUUAUAUCAGGGUCUACUUUGCUUCAUUAUGCAGCAUUACAUGUUUUCACUUGUAUUUAUGUCAUUAAAGUUUUUAGGUCGAGCGUGAAAAGCAGCACUUGAAGGAGAGUACUUGUAACUGCAAAAAAUAUGAAAUCUAUUGAGUUAUUCUAGAAAUUAUUUCAAAUUUAAAUUAAUGCUUUUUGCAUUCGUGACUGGCUGUUUUUCUACUUUGUAAUUAUGAGAUAAUAUUCUUAGGGAGGGAAGUUUGAAAUACAACUCCCUGGUCUAGAAUUGGAGAUUUUUGUGAAUUUGUUGCAUUAUUACUUGCAAACAAAUUAUGAUCCUUGACUUUGAAAUCACUAUUAAUUUUCAAUGAAAUACUACAAGGCAAGAUAUUUUACAUUCAUUAAGUUCAUUUGACAAUUUUAAAGUAGCACUUCUUCAUCUUAUGCCUGUUUGAAAUUAUGUUAAUUUUUCACGUUGACAGUGAGAUGUCAUGUGUGUCAUAAGGGUUACUGAACAUUGGUUUUCAUGUGGAGAAUUUUAGUGCUUGCUUACCCGACAAUUUUUUUAAACUUGAAUAUUUUCUUUUCUUUUUUUAUUUUCAAUUAGGUAAUCACAUGCUAAAUUCAGCAGUACACAUCUUUUUAUUAGGAUUGUCAAGCAAGGGAAGAACAAGGUUGAGAUUUUUAAGAUGCCACUUUUGAGGGGAGUGUUCUAUAAAAAUGAACCAGAAAAUGUUAUACCUGGUUUUUUUCUUGGCAAGGAUGUCUUUGUAAUGUACUUAAUGAUUAGAAUAUCUGAUGCAGAUAAGCUGACUUGAACUGUUUUGAGCAAUUUGCCCUGUGUUAUGUGUUUUACGCACAUAUUUGCGGUUGGAUUUUUUUUCCAACAGAAAGCAGUUUCACUACUGGAAUAUUAGUAAGCACCAAUAGGUUUUUAUUCCAACUCCAAGCACUGUGGUUGAAUAACAUCACCUCAAUUUUUUAUUGUCCUUUAAAGAUAUUGCAUUUUCAUAUUCUUUAUUUAUAAAGGAUCAAUGCUGCUGUAAAUACUGGUAUUUUUAAUUUUUUAAUCUCAUUCCACCACCAUCAGAUGCAGUUCCCUAUUUUGUUUAGUGAAGGGAUAUAUAAGCUUUCUAAUGGUGUCUUCAGAAAUUUAUAAAAUGUAAAUACUGGUUUGGUUGGUCCUUAAGAUGUGUUUAACUGUGAGACUAUUUAACUAAUAGUGUGGAUGUGAUUUGUCAUCCAGUAUUAAGUUCUUAGUCAUUGAUUUUUGUGUUUAAAAAUAGGAAAGAGGGAAACUGCAGCUUUCGUUACAGACUCCUUGGCUGGUAAGCUCUCCCCAUGAGGAUUUCCACUAAACUAUCAUUUUGCCUCUGGGUAAUGGGUUUUGAGCAUUUCUCUCGGGCUUUAAUUUGCUAAAGCUGUGCACAUAUGUAAAAAAAAAAAAUAGAUUAUUUUAGGGGAGAUGUAGGUGUAGAAUUAUCGCUUAUGUCAUUUCUUAAGCAGUUAUGCUCUUAAUGCUUAAAAGAAGGCUAGCAUUGUUUGCACAAAAAGUUGGUGAUUCCCUCCCCCAAAUAGUAAUGAAAUUACUUUUGUUGAGUAAACUUUUUAUGUCAUCUUAUAAUAAAAGCUGAAAAAUCCCUUUGUUUCUAUUUAUAAAAAAAUGCUUUUCUAUAUGUACCCUUGAUAACAGAUUUUGAAGAAAUCGUGUAUGAUGAUAAAGCAUUUGAAUGGUACAGUGGAUGUAAAAAAAAAUUCAGUUUAAAAGAACGUUUGUUUUUACAUUAAAUGUUUAUUUGAAAUCAAAUGAUUUUGUACAUAAAGUUCAAUAAUAUAAAA